GGUUUAACCCAAUGAACAAUCCUGUCUGUCUUUCCCAAAAUAAGCCAGUGGGAGAGGGAUCGCCGAGUGAGCCAGGGAGAUUGGAGCAGCGAGGUGCACAGCCCCUGGUUAUAAGUCCUGGGAGUGGGAGCUCAGCCUGCUUGGACCCACAGCCUUUAGCUCAAUAUACACUGCCUUGCUGCCUGCCUGACUGCCUGACUGACCUGACUGACUGACUGAGUCUCACUCCACUGUUACUCACUCUCUCUCCCUCUCUGUCUUGCUCCCUCGCUCCUUCCCUCCUACUUUCCACCCUGGAGAGCGAGAGCACACAGAUUGGGAAGGUGCUCCACAGACCUGCGUCUGGACAGCUUGAAGACGGCACAGAGAGGAUUUUUCACCUUGUCUCACUUGCCUUUUCAUCCUCUCUCACUUUCGCCAUCUUAAAAGAACACGGAUGGACUUUUUUGUUUUUUGCUGGAAGCAGAAAAAUAAAAGUUAAGCAGACAAUUUGCUCCACCUGCAGUUGAAAAUAUCCAAUUUUGAACUUUUUUUUUCCCCGCACUUGUGCGCAGCACUGGACCAAUUCAGGGUACCCCUCCUCUUUUUUGGCUGCAUGUUCAUUGAAUAUCUGAUGCCAUCGCAUCCCAUGGGAGACACGCGUGGCUGAAGCAAGGAGGGAGGCAGAAGAGAGACCCACCUGACGCUCACACCUACCGCUGCCCUUACCCAGUGCAACCCCUCCUGCCCCCACCCCCUGCCCCUCAACACUCUGAGGAGAGAAAGUUCUUCGUGUGUGACAUCUGAAGCCUGGGAUGUUGAUGACCAUGCUGUUGGCUCCUGUCUGUGUGCUACUGAUGCUGGUGGCAAGAACUCUUGCUGGAGGCUAUCCCCCCGUACCCCACAUGAAGUACAUGCAGCCCAUGAUGAAAGGGCCUAUUGGCCCCCCAUUCAGAGAGGGCAAGGGACAUUAUGUUGAUAUGCCACCCAUGAUGGAGGUGAAGGGGGAACCAGGCCCUCAAGGGAAACCUGGACCAAGAGGCCCCCCCGGGCCAGCGGGACUUCCAGGAAAACCUGGACUAGGCAAGCCUGGUCUCAAUGGCCAGCCAGGUCCUCAGGGGCCUUCUGGCUUUCCAGGAAUUGGUAAGCCUGGACUUCCAGGUCUCCCAGGAAAGAUUGGGCCAAAGGGGAUGCCAGGACUUAAUGGCGAGGUUGGCCCUCGUGGUGAACCAGGUCCCAGAGGUCCUCCAGGGCAGCCCGGCCUCCCUGGCCCAGCUGGCCUGUCUUUGAAUGGGAAACCUGGGCUUCCAGGCAUCAGAGGCCCCCCUGGGACUCGGGGUGAGCCAGGAAUAAAGGGUGGUGUUGGCCCACCAGGUGAGCGUGGGUUUAAGGGCGAGAAUGGAAAUGGAAAGCCAGGGCCAACAGGCAUAAGGGGUCCUCCAGGGCUGAAAGGCAGUACAGGGCCACCUGGUCUUCCAGGUAUUGGCAAACCAGGACUUAAAGGUUUGCCUGGACUGGCUGGUCUUAAAGGUGAUCAAGGACUCCCGGGGGAUCGAGGGGAACCAGGAGAGGCUGGACCUCCAGGUCCACAAGGUCUACCAGGGCCAGUUGGGUUAGGGAAGCCUGGGCUAGAUGGACUUCCUGGGGGAUUAGGUCAAACAGGUCCAAAAGGUGAGCCAGGGCUCAGGGGUCCUCCUGGAUUUCCUGGAACUCCUGGCUAUGGAAAACCUGGUCUGGGUGGGCCAAAAGGAGAUAAGGGCCAUGGUGGAUUGCCUGGUCUCCCAGGGGACAAAGGAGACCAAGGAAUGGUGGGCCCAAUUGGAGAACCAGGCCUUGAUGGACAAUCAGGACCACCUGGACUUCAAGGCCCAAUGGGACUCCCAGGAAAACAUGGAUUGCCAGGACAAAAGGGAGAGCUAGGGCCCCAGGGCCCACCAGGACUUCCUGGCCUCAGAGGUGACCAAGGCCCUAGUGGACCCUUUGGAAAACCUGGCAUCCCUGGGGAAAAAGGCAUACCUGGGCCGAAUGGUCCAAUUGGAAAACCUGGACCAAAAGGUGAGGCAGGGCACAUUGGCCUCCCUGGGAAUCCAGGGUUGACAGGUUCUCCAGGGCCUAAAGGUGAGACAGGAUUUAUAGGCACUCCAGGUCCCAGGGGCCAGUCAGGCAUUCCUGGUCUUCAGGGGCCCAUGGGUCCCAUGGGGCCACAGGGUGUCCCUGGGUCAAAGGGUGAAUCUGGACCUCCAGGGCUUCCAGGACUUGGUAAGUUGGGGGAGAAGGGAGCUAUAGGUCCCCAAGGUCUACCAGGGAAACCAGGCCCUGCUGGACUAAAUGGUAACCCCGGCCCUCCUGGGCCUCCAGGGCCACCCGGUCCUCCAGGAAAUGGCCAAACGGUUGUUUCAGGGCCAACAGAUUCACAGUUGGAGGGGGGUGAAGUACCAGAAGACAGGAAGGGGCCUGCAUACAGUCAAGUUCCACUCUCAGCCUCUGUGGCACCAGCCUUCACAGCCAUCCUCACAACGCCUUUUCCUCCCUCUGCCAUGCCAAUCAAAUUUGACAGGACCCUGUACAACGGGCAAAAUGCCUACAGCUCUGCUACUGGCAUGUUCACUGCUCCUUUAUCUGGUGUCUACUACUUUGCAUACCACAUGCACGUAAAGGGAACUAGCUUGUGGGUGGCACUGUACAAGAACAAUGUACCAGCCACUUACACCUAUGAUGAAUACAAGAAAGGCUACAUGGACCAGGCGUCCGGUAGUGCCGUCCUAGAGCUGAAGGAGGGUGACCAGGUGUGGGUCCAGAUGCCCUCGGAUCAGGCAAAUGGCCUCUAUUCUACCGAGUACAUCCACUCCUCCUUCUCAGGAUUCCUGCUCUGUCCCACAUAACCCUGUCCUUUCUUUCAAACAUGUUCCUGUAUUGGCACCUCAGAGCAGUCCUAAACCUAAAAUACCUGCAGCCAUAAUAGAAACAAAAAACCCACAGGAUUCUCAAUAUUAUUGCCAUCAUCUUUAUCUGUCUCACCCUCAACAUCAUCAGUGAAAGAAAAACAAACUUUGUGAAUGAAAUAUGGAAAGUUUUUAAAGGCUGGGGAAGGAAUUUCAUACUGUGUUCUUUGUUUCAAUGUCCUCCAAAUGUGUGUUUUGGGUUGUAUUUUAUGUUGGUGUUUUUUAGCUUAUAUUAUUUUAAUUAUUAUAAUGUCAUAAUUUUAUUGUUAUUAUUUGGUCCUUGUCAUCAUUGUCGUUGUUGUUGUGUAUCGGAUUCAGACUAUUAAGUGCCUUACUUUGUAAUGUGCUAGUAACAGACCUUCCCAUGUGACUGCACAUCCUGCCCUCAUGCUCUGACAUCAUAAGGACGGCAUCACCAGACCCUGGGGGGUGAUUGGUUCCUAUGGCUGCAGUCACAUCCCCCAUGUGUUCUUAUUUAAGCCCGUGAACAGUAAUACUGACAUAAAGAGCAGCGAUACAACAUAGAGCAUAUAGACAAACAAUAGCAAAACAAGGCAUUUGAUGCUGUAAUAUCAUUUACCGUUACGUUUCUUUUGUUUGACCUUUUUGGUACUCUAAACAAUUACUACAUUCAAAUUAUCAAUAGGAUUGAAUCUUUGUUUUUAGAGUGAGAUAUAUAUUUUGACAGUUAGCUGGUGUAAGCAUCUAUUGGGUGCUUAUUUCUCUAAUUCUUUCUGAAUUUUGUAGCCAAUCAUUUAAAUGAUGGAUCUUUGUCUUCUUAUAAUUUACUUAACUGUCCAGAAAUUCAAUCCAAGAAAUUCAAUCCAAGAAUAAAUAUGACCCUCCAGUAUUAGAAUUAUUACAUUUAAACCGCCCCUUUAAAAUGGAUCAACAACUUCAUGCAAGGACAAUGCCUUUUUAUAACUUUCAGGAUGACAUUAAUUGAGGAUAUAUGUAUGCAUACAGUCAAUGUUUACAUGCCAUAGAAUAGAUACUGGGAGCAACUGCAAAAUGGACAGUAAGGAUACAACCAUAGCUGGAUCGAUGGCCCGUUUCCUUGUAUCGAUCUGAUUUUCCCAUUUGCAAUGCAAAUCCCAUCACUGAGUCACAGGCAUCCUCUUCAGAUGCCCUGACCAUGACAUCACUGCUUUCUAAUGGCAUACUACCUAUUAAUAAAUCAGUAUCACAUUAACAUUCCAAAUGAGCAGUCUGUACUGGCAUAGUAUGAAAGCCCAUUCUGACCACAUAUUGCAAAAUCUGUGAAGAUGCUGUAAACUUGUUUAUGUUUAGGAAAAUAUGGAGGCAAAUGGAUGAUAAAUUAAAAAAAUCAUCCACACCUUCCUUCAGUGCCAGUUUCUGUGUGACUUUUUUUGGGCAAAUGAGAGCAAUUGUGAAUCAUUUGUAGUCCUGACUGAAAAGACGUUCGAUUAAUUCCCAAACCAUUUUGUCAAAUAUAGCUGAAUUAUUGUUUAGCUUUAUAGAACAUCAGUGGUUUCAAGGACAAGACGUUUCAGAACCAAAUAAUGUCAAACAGCUGGAAAUGAGAAUCGAUCCGCAUUUACUCCGUGAAUAAAUAAAGGGACUGACUGAGGCCCACAGGUUGUGAAAUACAGGUUAUGUAACACUUAACAAACUCCUGCCAGAUUACUGGGAGAGGUGGUGGGCCAGAGGUGAGUGCUGUGUAUUUACUCAUUUCUGUUGGAUGAGGCAUUAAAGAUACAUGCUGUGUGUGUGUGUGUGUGUGUGUGUGUGUGUGUGUGUGUGUGUAUGUGCUUGUCUGUUCUAGUAGGUGUACCCUUCUGUCUGUCACUGUGUCAAUAUAUAUAUGAGAGUGUGUGUAGCUGUUUCACAUCGUCCCCCUAGCAUUCAGGUCAUGAACACCUCGGCGAAGAUAAUAACAAACUUGCUGAAGUUACAAAACCUUAGGAAGAGUCCUGUCAAUGUGUCACAAGAAAUCUGACUUCAAAAUGUUUCAGCCUCCUUUUGGGUUUUUGAGAGAAUUUCACACACUCUAAUGGUGCCUUUGUGGAGUAAGGGAACAAGUUAGAAAAUAGAUGAAUGCUGAAUGUAAGGAAUAGAUUAUGCGAGACAGAGAAAACUGAAAUCAAGUGGACAUAGUGAGAUCAGAAGACAACAUUUUCUGGACUUGUAUUACUGGUUAACACUGAACCCUUUUGAUAUGACUAUAUUGCAUAUUGGUCCAAUGAGUGGCAUUACGGUGUGCAAUAAUUUUUGUGUUGUACCAUGUCAUGAACAACAACAACAACAAAAAAGACAUUCUGUUCAAGUGUACAAGAUCUUUCAUCAGUGCUUGCAGCUGCAGAAGAGAGAAGAUAAAGAAGUUUGGGCAAAAUUGAGAAACGUCGGUGCUUAUAUCACCAACUCCAAGCCGUUACACGCCCCAGCUCAGACAGGAUUCCAAUCUAGCGCUAUCAUUACGCUGAAUUUAGGACUACCUUACAUUUGAUGGGAGAAUGUCAAUAUAUAGGAUUGUGCCAAAUAUUGAGCUUUGCAAUCAGAAUGAAUGUAUACUGUUUGACUGAUUUGAACAAUAGUUUCUCUAAGUCAUCUACCAUGCUGUGUCACUACACAUAAACUCUUCAUGUUGCUCUGGAAAAGCAGUGCUAGGACAAGGCCUAAUCAGUAUUUUAGAUCUAUAUAAUGCAAACAAUGCACUUGCCCUUGCCCUUUCUGUCUCAUAACACUUUCAUAACACACCUACAACUGGUAUGUAUCAUUAGUUUAAUGUGAGUCUUUAAAGACAGUCCAAGACUUGCUAUGUACUGUAUGUUGCCUUUUUUUUUUUUUGUUGCAUUUUUGGCCAUAUGAAACGGUGAUGUGAGUUACAUGUGGCCAUUACUCUCUGUCCUUAUGUUUUCAUAGACAAUGUCACUUGCUUGCAGAGUUUGCCCUGUGUGCAAAACAUUUAACAAGUGUCAGUAAGAUCCAUGUACCGUCUGAAUCACAAAGUGCUUUGAAGUGUUUUUCAGUUUUUCUUUAAAAAACACCAAAAGAAAAAAAAAAUUCAAGCCUUGCUUCGGUUCUUAAGGGAUAGGCUAUUUGUUUGUUUUAGUUUCAAUAAAUACAAACGGCCAUUCCCAUUUGCACAUGAAAUUAAUGAAGAUGUAUUUAUACAUUUAUGAUAAUUUAAUAGGGAUGCCAAAACCAACCACCGAAGCCUAGAACGUAUAAAUGGUAUUUAACAGCAUUGAUGAAUUAAGAGCAUUUACAACAUGUAGUUAGCAUUCUAGCAUUGUUUGUGAAGGAUUAUUUGUGGACUUUUAUUUUCUAUUUGUGUAAUGUUCAAUGUAUCAACUUACAGGAUUUUUGUCAUACAAGGCUAUUGCGUGCACUCUAUGCAAUAGAAGUUGGGUAUAAAUGCACUCUUUUUGAUUGAAAAUGUUUGUCUGCUUAUACAAAAUCUACAGUACUUGAUUGUAUUGAUACCACAUCAAUAAAAACUUUCUUGUA